GGUCAAGGAUGCCCAUACCAUCAAAGGCACCAAUCCGCAGUAUCUGAUCGAGAAGAUCAUCCGAUCUCGGAUCUACGAUUGCAAAUAUUGGAAGGAAGAAUGCUUUGCUCUCUCGGCCGAAUUGUUGGUGGAUAAAGCCAUGGAGCUUCGUUAUGUGGCCGGGGUGUAUGCGGGUAAUAUCAAGCCCUCGCCAUUUCUCUGUUUGACCCUGAAGAUGUUGCAAAUCCAACCCGAAAAGGACAUUAUCAUCGAGUUCAUUAAGAAUGAAGACUUCAAAUACGUGCGGGCAUUAGGAGCAUUCUAUCUGAGACUCACGGGCACGGCUUUGGACUGCUACAAGUAUCUGGAACCGCUCUUGAACGAUUACCGAGGGAUUCGAAUGCAAAGGCGGGACGGAAAGUUUGAACUGUCGCACAUGGACGAAUUGAUCGACAGUCUUCUCCGUGAUGAGCGGGUAUGCGAUGUGAUCAUGCCUCGCAUCCAAAAACGGCACAUCCUGGAAGAGAUGAACGAAUUAGAUCCCCGGGUAUCGGUUCUGGAAGACGAUCUGGAAGACGCGGAAUCCAGUUCCGAAGAGGAAGAGGGUGAGGCUCCGCCAGAGCCAGUCAAACCGCAAGAGAACCGCGAUUCGAAUCGCGAGCACCGCAAGCGUCGAGAUCGAGUGGAUCGACGCGAUCGGGACGGAAGUCGAGAACGGAAGCGAAGACGGUCUCGGUCUAGAUCCAGGGAAAGAAGACCCCGCCAUCGAUCACGGGAUCGAGAUCGGGAAAACUCGAGACGAGACGCGAGAGAUCGAUCCAGAGAUCGCCACCGCCGAGAUCAUCGGGAACGAAAUGGGGGCGGAUCGGGGGGGCGGGGUGGGAAUAAAGACGAAAUGUCGGUGGAUGAGACCAAUAAAUUGAGGGCGUCUCUUGGACUGGCGCCUCUGAAAUGAGAUCAAUAAUAACAUGAAGUAUUAGAAUUGCCUGUUCAUUAGGCAAAAAAUAAAAAAAAUAAAAAACGCGCAGAAAGAUUCAAUAAACCAUGAGGAAGUUCGAAACGG